UAUCAUCGCGGAAGCAGGAAAUAGUGUGGUGCACCUGACGCGGAGACCAACCGUCUAGUAAACACACAGCAGGUUGAUUUAAUUGCUGCAGCUAUUGGUCACUAUGUCAAAGAAAGAUGAAGAGACGUUCAAGUCUGUGGACUUGGAGCAGCAAACAGAAAAAUCUGUGGAACCAGACAACAAUCCUGAACAACCUCCUAAUGAAACAGAGAAACCCAGUGCACCUUCCACAGAGGCCAAGGUGGAAACCUACCCGUCUCCACAUGUGUCGGCGGCCAAAGCUAAAUGGAAAUCAUCUUCAGAACAGUUUAAACUGAAGAGAUUUUUUGUCAUCAGGCCUGGAACACUGGACCAUGGCAUUGAGGAUGUUAAAACUCUGGUGGAUCCUACAGAUGAUGGAGCUAUCCAGGGUAUUUGGCUCAUGGCAGAGGUGGAUCAUUGGAACAAUGAGAAAGAGCGUCUGGUUCUCAUCACAGAAAACACCCUCCUCAUCUGUAAGUAUGACUUUGUCAUGCUGAACUGUGAGCAGAUCCAGAAGAUUCCACUCAACUUCAUCGACCGCAUCUGUCAUGGUGCCUUCAGCUUUCCACCACGCUCCCUUCUAAAGAGAGAAGGUGAGGGCGUGCGGGUGUUUUGGGACAAACUCAGAGAACCUUCCUUUUCUUCCCGCUGGAAUCCUUUUUCUGUUGACUAUCCGUUCACUACAUUCACCUAUCAUCCUGCCAAGAGUGCCAAUGAGCAGCUCGGCCGCUUGUGCGAGAUUGAAAGCUUCAGAGAGCAACUUACUUUGGCAGCGCAAAAAGCUCACAACAAGAAUCCAAUACCGGGGAAAGCCAACGGAGUUCUUGUGCUGAAUCAACCCCUCCUGAUCGAAGCAUAUGUGGGUCUGAUGUCUGUCAUUGCAAACCAAAACAAGCUGGGCUACUGCUUAGCACGAGGCAAUAUUGGUUUCUGAUGACACUUCAACUUUUCUCAUGAUUGUUUACACUAAUUAAUCCUCUUCACCAGCUGAGCAUGUAUAUUUAAUAUUUAAGAUGAUAAGAAUAUUUUAAAUCAAGAAGAAUGUAGGUCACAUAUAUCUGUUCUGUUAAUAUCUAGCAAACCUUUCCUUUUCAUCUCGUCAUAUAUCUCUGAAAUCUUUUUAAAUAACAUUGUCAAUCUGUAAUUUCCUCCGAGUUGGGUCAUAAUGUACAAGGUAUGUUGUCUCUCCUCCUACAACUUCCUGUGUUUGGUAAUAUCUUGUUUUAGUGUCACUGCAGAAUUAGAUGUCUCCUUAUGCAAUCUGAAAUGUGCCUUUCCUUUCAUUCUGUAUCUUUGGUGUGCUGAUACUGUAUAUCCUACCUCAUCGCAAGGCUUCUUACAAGCCAACUGGUGCAUGAAGGUACAUAUGUCAUAUUUGUUGGAUGGUUGAGGGUUUAUUAUUACAGCAGAACAAAGUGCUGGAUUUUUUAUGAUCGUAUAAUUAGUGCAUUCACUCACAUCUUAUCUUGAUUUGUUUCUACAACAGAAUCCCAAACAAACUGUAAGGCCUUUAUAAAAUAAACGCUUUUACAGAAA